GUUUUAUUAGCCGUUAGCUGAAUUAGCCGUCAAAGUCAUUUUGCGCGCACGCACAUGCGUAUAAGCGAACUGGGUUUUGCGUUAAAAACAUUAAAAGCGGUUAUACCGCACGUCGAGGCUUUAUGUGUAACAUUUGUUUUUUUAAAACGUCGUUUGGGCUCGUAGUUGCGUGAGAACGACUCGUCCGUGCAAGGCCUCGUUUAUCUAAACAAAGUUUAAAAUAGCCAGAGGUGCGUUUGCUUUAAUGCAUUGCGGUCAAACGCCGCUCUCAAAAGUGUUUUGUGUUAAUUCGCGUCUGUAAAUGUCAAGCAGCGGGUUCAGGGAGUGACACGUAGGCGAAACGAGCCCGCGGACACGAUGUCCACCGAGUGUUACGCGUUUCGGUCUUUACGUGGACGAUUCGGGCUGUGUUUUAAAACCUAGCGUGCUGUCAACCCCCCUAAACAAACCGCAAAAUGCCGUCUGGGUGGGAACGGCACAACUUGGACCCCCGGUCAGACACUGUGAAGCCAAGGGCUGUGAUGUCGGAGCCCAAAGCGCCCACCCCGGCCCCUGGGGACACCUAUAAAGGCUGGCUCUUCAAAUGGACUAAUUACAUCAAGGGAUACCAAAGGCGAUGGUUCGUCCUGAGCAACGGCUUGCUUUCUUAUUACAGGACCCAGGCGGAGAUGGGUCACACAUGCCGGGGCACCAUAAACCUGGCCACAGCCAACAUCGCGGUGGAGGACUCGUGCAAUUUCGUCAUUUCUAAUGGCGGUACGCAGACGUAUCACCUGAAGGCCAGCUCUGAGGUGGAGCGGCAGCGGUGGAUCACUGCUCUAGAGCUGGCCAAAGCAAAAGCUUUCCGCAUGCAGGCCGAGUCGGAUGACUCCGAUGACUCCACUCCUCCUGCGGCAGGUCAGGGCGCAGGCUCACGCAACUCAGAGGUGCAGUCCACCCUCAGGACGCUGGGCAGCAAGGUGGAGGAUCUGAGCACCUGCAACGACCUCAUCGCCAAACACGGCUCUGCGCUUCAGCGGUCCUUGUCUGAGCUGGAGGGAGUUCGGCUGGGAGGAGAGACGAGCGAAAAGAUUCGGCAGGUGACGGAGCGAGCCACUCUCUUCCGCAUCACCUCCAACGCCAUGAUCAACGCCUGCCGGGACUUCCUGGCGUUGGCUCAGGCUCACAGUAAGCGCUGGCAGAAAGCCCUGCAGGCCGAGAGAGAGCAGAGAGUGCGUCUGGAGGAGACUCUGGAACAGCUCGCCAAACAACACAACCAUCUGGAGAGAGCCUUCAGAGGAGCCACCGUACUGCCUCCAUCCCAGAGCAACCCUGCCAUAGACAGCAAAGGCCCAGUUCCUGGUAAGGGUGACGUCAGUGAUGAAGACGAGGAGAAUGAAUUCUUUGAUGCAUGCGAGGACGUUCAGGAGUUUAUCACUGUACCAGCAGACCCCAAAUAUCACAGAUCUGGCAGCAAUGUCAGCGGAAUCAGUAGCGAGCUGGGAAUGGACGACGGGACAACGUCGCUAGACGAGCAGUCUCUGGCAUCUAACCCAGAAUCUCCACAGUCCCAGGAAGUAGUGCCCGUGAGAAAGAGGCGGACCCGAAUCCCAGAUAAACCAAAUUACUCUCUCAAUCUAUGGAGCAUCAUGAAGAACUGUAUCGGAAAAGAGCUCUCCAAAAUCCCUAUGCCUGUGAACUUCAACGAGCCCCUGUCCAUGCUGCAGCGUCUCUCGGAGGAUCUGGAGUACUACGAGCUGCUGGACCGAGGCGCCAAGUGCCAGAGCUCUUUGGAGCAGAUGUGCUACGUGGCAGCUUUCACCGUUUCCUCUUACUCCACUACAGUUCACCGCACGGGCAAACCCUUCAACCCUCUGCUGGGAGAGACGUUUGAGCUGGACCGCGUGCAAGAGAGCGGCUACAGGUCCCUCUGCGAGCAGGUAAGCCAUCACCCUCCGGCUGCGGCCCAUCACGCGAUCUCCGAGCGAGGCUGGACCCUGAGACAGGAGAUUGCCCUGGCCAGCAAGUUCAGGGGAAAAUAUCUCUCCAUCAUGCCCCUGGGUUCUAUUCAUUGCAUCUUUGAGAAGAGUAACAAUCACUACACCUGGAAGAAAGUCACAACCACCGUGCACAAUAUCAUUGUCGGGAAACUCUGGAUAGAUCAGUCGGGAGAAAUAGACGUUGUGAACCACAGAACAGGGGACCGCUGUCAUCUCAAAUUCGCCCCGUACAGCUACUUCUCCCGAGACGUGGCCAGAAAGGUCACGGGGGUGGUGACGGAUAAGGACGGGAAAGCGCACUAUGUUCUCUCUGGGACGUGGGACGAGAAGAUGGAGUGCUCUCGCGUGAUGCAGAGCAGCAGAGGUGGAGAGAACGGCGCCGACGGGCGACAGAAAACCGUCUAUCAGACGCUCAAAGCCAAAGAGCUGUGGAGAAAGACUCCGCUGCCGGAAGGUGCAGAAAACAUGUACUACUUCUCGACCCUGGCGUUGACAUUGAACGAACAGGAGGAGGGCGUUGCUCCCACGGAUAGCAGGAGGAGGCCGGAUCAGCGUCUGAUGGAGCAGGGCCGCUGGGAGGAGGCCAACGCUGAGAAACAGAGACUGGAGGAGAAGCAGCGCACCGCCCGCCGAGAGAGAGAGCGAGAGGCCAACCGCGCCGCCGACCCUACAGAAGAAGGUGGUCAUCAGGACAACUACAGGCCCAUGUGGUUCGAGAGGCAGGUGGACCCGAUGACAGGAGAGCCCACGCACAUCUACAGAGGAGGAUACUGGGAAACCAAGGAGCAGAGCAACUGGGACUCCUGCCCGGAUAUCUUCUGAUCCCAAUCACGCACAUGCCCCACGAUGCCCUCGCUGACCCGUUUCCCAGAAGAUAACAAACAAACGAAAGCUCAGUCAGCCGCCCCUUCUCUUUUCCCGUAUCGUAGUAUACCGCGCGUUCUCUUUUUCGCCAGCCGUGCUCUACUCAGUGGACAAUAAGGGACACCGAAACGAUCCGGGAACGCUCUCCGGUCACCAUCCACUGUGUGUCUCUCUGUUAUCCUCGCGUUCACGGGAUUGUUAAAGCGUAAGGUUCACGAUUCAGUAGGAAAACAUAUCCUUUCCCGCUCCACACGUCUUCCUCGAGCUGUGGACGUCACAUUCUUAAACAUCCGGGGGAUAUGAAGGCCUGUUUGCUCGUGUGUGUGUGUGUGUGUGUGUGAGAGAGAAUUAGUGCAGGUAUGAAUGAGUUCAGAGAAGCGCUGUAGUGCUCUUUCUUUUCAUUGAGCGUGUUUGUGUGAGAGACGUAGUUUAAGAGCUUGCCAUGGUUUGUGGAUUUUAAAGGAACGGUUCGCAUUAAUAGGAAAGAUUUGUCAUUGACUUACUCGCCACCUUUAUUUCUUUUGCAGAACAAGUUUUUUUUUUUAGUGCACAACAUGGCUAAAAACAAUAAAAGUACCAUUAAAGUACUCGAGUAUGCGAUUAGAGGAGCUAUGUUCCUUCUGAAUUUAUGCAAUAGUUUUCUGUGAGGGCCAAUUACCACGUGAUUUGUUUGUGGACAAAACCAUCGGACUGCAUCUUUUUCUUUUUAAACUAACUGAAUAAACGUCAGAGGUUUGAUUGGAAGAUUAGCUGUAAAUUUCAAUCUUUUCAUUCACACUAAGGACAAGAACCAUCGGCUUUUUGAAACCGCUUGCAGAGAAGUUUUCAGAGCUUUGGCGGAGUUGGAAGAUAGUCAGUGAAUAAUGUCUUUUUCGUCAGCAAUCAUAUUAGUCGAAAUAUAAGUCGCAUGCAUCACUUUCAUUGUGCUUUUCAGUCAUUAUCCAGUCCUUUUUUUUGGACCUGGGCAGCCUAUUAAACCUAUUAAGCCUAUUAAAAAGAAAAAGUAUCAUGAAAGUAGUCUAUGCGAUUUGUCUCCUAGUUUUACGCGAGGUAUUCUUUAGUUGUUCAAACUGGCAUGACAAUUAUAAAAUGCAGGAAUCAAUAGCAUUUUGGAGCUGAUGACCAUCAAACCACACAGUUUUUUUUUUCUUCCCAAAUGAAUGUCAGAGCUUUAACGGAAGAAAAGAUUUUCAGUGACUAGCAAUGUCAAGUUCGGUCUUUUCAUAUUACUUGAAACACAACACGCACAUUUGUGUGCAUUACUUUUACGGUGCCUUUAAGUGAUUAUUUGGGUCGUUUUGGCAGCCUGUGAAUUAAACGGCAGCGUGCGAGUUUGAAUGGCCCCCGAGGGCGAGUGAACGGUGGCACCCUUUUCAUUUUUGCGUGAACCGUUCCUUUAAAUCCCAUCACAGCCGAGUCCUCUCAACCGUUCUGUCUGGAAUGAGAAGAAUGUCAGCGUCAUUCUGAUCUUCUUAACUCUUCUUAACACCCGCUAAAAAUCUCUUAAAAUGACUAAGAGCGUGUUCUAGCCUCCAGAAGAGCAGGUCCGUGGAUGCUCUCGAGGGAUUGUGUUGCUCUAAGCAGGAGAGCCACGUAAAAGCAUUAAUGUAGCUGCACUGCUGGAGUUUAGCUUCGGCGUUAUAAACCGAGAAGUUGCUGUGAUGGGACGCCUAAGGUCGGGGUUCCCCUUCAGCCUGGGCGCAGAUGCAUUACGGUCGAGAAGGACGCUGUCCACAAACUGAGGCGCUCGAGAGUAUUCGUGUGCGUGCGCGUGCGUGCGUGUGUGUGUGUGUGUGUGUGUGUGUGUGUGUGUGUGCGUGUGUGUUCAAACGGGCACGUGAGGUCAAGGGAGUCUCAAACCAGUGUGUGUGUACGUGUGUGAUCAUGAGUGACGUAUUUGGGGUUUGUUGUAUAUUCCAGUGAUUCAAAAAAAGGAAAAUCGCAUUUUAUUUUCAAGUGUACUUAAAACACAUGCGUGGGGACGGGGGGAAGCAAGAACACAGCAAUGCAAAAACAUUGCGGAUAUUUGUGUAUAUAUAUAUCUAAUAAUGAAGUAAAAUAUUCAUACUAUUAAUACCGAUUCUUCUUAUGCUGACACUGACAGCUAGAGCUAUAAUUAUGAUGGUAAUUUUGAUGUAGUUCGAGGGUUCAGCACAAUUAUUUUGAUUUUUACCUUUUGUUUUUGUUGUUGUCCGUUUUGAUAUGGGAAGCGACGACGCAUUCGUGUUUUCUUCAUAUCAAAAGACGAACAGCUCAUCGUCCUUGAAUGGAUUCAGACUAAUGGAUAUUUUAUAUAUGUGUAUAUCUCCUCCGUCACCCUCCUGUUCCGUUAAAAACGGCGGUUUUCCUGCUGUUUGUGAUCAUUGCAGAUUCAGUUUUCUUCGUUUGCAGUCUUCGUACAACUGUAAAACUUCAUUGUUUUUUCUUUCCCUGAGUUUCCCCUUCUCUACCGCUGGUCGUCAUUCUUCUUUUUGUUCGUCCCGUUGGUGUUGUCCCUCUCUUGGCCUCUGAUCAUUGUGUUACGGAGUUGCUCUUGACUGUCGUCAUGGUGCAGAUGAUGGUGUAAUAAAAACUGGUUUGAAAAGGAAAUGAUCAAACAAA